AUGGACAACCUCACCUCUGCGGCUGGGAAUGGCAGCCUGUGCACCAGAGAUUACAAAAUCACCCAGGUCCUCUUCCCGCUCCUCUAUACCGUGCUGUUUUUCGUUGGACUCAUCACAAACAGCCUGGCAAUGAGGAUUUUCUUUCAAAUCCACAGUAAAUCCAACUUUAUUAUUUUCCUUAAGAACACAGUCAUUUCUGAUCUUCUCAUGAUUCUGACUUUUCCAUUCAAAGUCCUCAGCGAUGCCAAACUGGGAACAGGACCGCUGAGAGCCUUUGUGUGCCAAGUGACCUCCGUUGUAUUUUACUUCACGAUGUAUAUCAGUAUCUCAUUUCUAGGACUGAUAACGAUCGAUCGCUACCAGAAGACCACCAGGCCAUUUAAAACAUCCAACCCCAGCAAUCUCUUGGGGGCUAAGAUUCUCUCUGUCAUCAUCUGGGCGUUCAUGUUCUUACUCUCCUUGCCUAACAUGAUUCUGACCAACAGGAGGCCAAGUGACAAGAAUGUGAAGAAAUGCUCAUUCCUGAAAUCAGAGUUUGGUCUGGUCUGGCACGAAAUAGUCAAUUACAUCUGUCAAGUCAUUUUCUGGAUUAAUUUUCUAAUUGUCAUUGUAUGCUACACGCUCAUUACAAAAGAACUGUACAAGUCAUACGUGAGAACAAGGGGCGUCGGCAAAGUCCCCAAGAAAAAGGUAAACAUCAAAGUUUUCAUUAUCAUUGCUGUAUUUUUUAUUUGCUUCGUUCCUUUCCACUUUGCCCGAAUUCCCUACACCCUGAGUCAAACGCGGGAUGUCUUUGACUGCUCUGCUGAGAACACUCUGUUCUACGUCAAAGAGAGCACUCUCUGGUUAACUUCCUUAAACGCGUGCCUGGAUCCAUUCAUCUACUUCUUCCUUUGCAAAUCCUUCAAAAAUUCCUUGAUGAGUAUGCUGAGAUGCUCCAAUUCUGCGUCAUCUCCAUCCCAUAAAAACAGGAGAAAAGGGCAGGAUGGUGGUGACCCAAGUGAAGAGACCCCAGUGUAA